AUGGACAUACGGUCCUUCUUCGGCCCUUCCUCGGGAGGGGCAGGCGGUGCGGCGAAACCCAAGCCCAAGCCCAAGACACCGGCAUCGGCGAGCAAGAAGGGCGGUGGCCAGGCGAAGUCUCCGAGCAAGAAGGCCACCGCUAGCAGCAGCAUCCCCAAGAACAGCAGCAAGGGUGGUGUCGGCAAGAUGACCGGUUCCGACGCGAAAGACGAGGAAAGCGACGAGGACGACGACGACGAUGACGCCGACGAUGACGUCACGUCCAAGUCCCGCAAGCGGAAGUCUGGGGGCUCGCCGGCGCCUAAGGCGGCGGCGCCGCCUAAGGUGGCGGCGGCGGCCGCGUCGCCGAGCAAGGCCAGCGUGAAGACGAAGAAGAAGAGGGCGGUUGUGGAGGAGGAUGAGGAGGAUGACGACGUGCAGGAAGUCGCCAGCUCCAAGCAUUUCUCUUCGGCGACAACCAAGAAGAAGACGGCGGCACCGGGCGGCGGCGGCGGCGGCGGCGGCGGCGGCAGCAGGAAAACGACUACGUCGUCCACGGUAGACCUUGGCGGGACCUCAAGCGACGAAGACGACGCACAAGAAGAAGAGGUGGCGCCCACCCCGCCGCCGAAAAAGAAGCCGGCGCCGGCUAGCAGCAGUGGCAGUGCGAAGAAGACGCCCGGCGGCGGCGGCGGCGGCGGCGGCUUUCGGCCGGCGUGGCGGGGCGGGGCGCGCCUCGCGCCUCCGAACGAGGGGAAGAAGGAAGUGCCCGUGGGGAAGGAGCAGUGCCUUGCGGGGAAGGCGUUCGUGGUGAGCGGGGUGCUCGACUCACUCGGGAGGGAGGCGGCCGAGGACCUGAUCAAGCAGUACGGUGGCAAGGUGACCGGCGCCGUGAGCAGCAGGACCCACUUCCUGGUGCUGGGUACGGUGCUGGAUGACGGACGGCCGCCGGAAGAGGGCAGCAAGUACAAGAGGGCCAUGGUGAUGAAGACGAGAAUCAUCGACGAGGACGGCCUGUUCAAGAUGCUCCGAGACUCCAACCCCAAGGGGCAGCAGCCGCCGGGGGGUGGGAGCCAGGACCCUUCGUCGGCAGCAGCGGCUCCGGCCAGCAAGCCGGCCGUGGCGAACCCUUACCAGCCCAAAAAAGCGGUCGUGAACCCGUACGCCUCCAUGCAGGCGGCCGCCAAGAAGAAAGCAGCCGUCAACCCUUUCGGUGCCGCUGUCAUCGCCGGUGGCAAGGGGAAGGCCCCGGCCGGAAAGUCUCCGGCUGGGACUUCCUCCUCCUCCUCCUCCUCCUCGAAGGCUGCGGGCGGGGCGAGGGCGGCGGCGGCUGUCCGCCAAAACCCCGGCCAGAUGUGGGUGGACAAGUACAAGCCGACUAGCUCGUCGGGGGUGAUCGGGCACGCCGGGCAGGUGAAGAAGCUCAAGGUCUGGCUGCAGAACUGGGAAGGGUGGCACCUCAAGGGCGCCAAGGCUCCGACGGGCAAAGACAACCCGGGCGCGCGCGCGGCCCUCCUGUCGGGAGUGCCCGGGGUGGGCAAGUCGUCCACGGCGACGCUGGUGGCCAGAGAGAUGGGGUACCACGUGAUGGAGCUCAACGCGAGCGACACCCGCAGCAAGCGGUCGCUGUCCGAGGAACUGGCGUCGGUGAUUGGCAACAAGGUGCUGUCGUUCACGGCGAACGGCGGAGGCGGCGGAACCACAACAGGGGGGUUCCGCAAGCAGCUGGUUGUCAUGGACGAGGUUGACGGGAUGGGGGGCUCAGACAGGGGCGGCAUCCAGGAGCUCAUCCUCCUCAUCAAGAAGAGCAGGGUGCCGAUCAUCGCCAUCUGCAACGACCGCCAGCACCAAAAAAUUAGGUCCUUGGUGAACCACUGCUACGACCUGAGGUUCGCGAGGCCUCAGAAGGUGACCAUCGCCAAGCGGGUCAAGGCGGUGGCGAAGAUGGAAGGGAUGGACGUCGACGACAACGCGGCGGAGAUGCUGGUGGAGGCUAACGGGAACGACAUCCGGCAGGUUUUGCAUGCGCUUCAGAUGUGGAGCCGGAAGUCGUCGAAGAUGACCUACAUGAACCUCAAGGGAGGCAUCUCUGCCAUCGAAAAGGACAAGAAUCAGAGGAUCGGGCCCUUCGAUGCGGCUCGCAGCAUCCUCGGGGGGGCCUCCCGGACACCCCUUCGCGACCGAUACGAGCUCUUCUUCACCGACUACAGCCUGCUGCCCCUGCUGGUCCACCAGAACUACCUGUCGAGCCUGAUGCAAGUCGAUGCCAAAGUGAGGACGGAAGUGACUGCCGCGGCGUCCGCGGCGGUGAGCGACGCCGACAUCAUCAGCGGGAAGAUGAGGGGGGACGUCCAGCACUGGGAGCUCCUGCCCGCGCAGGCGGCCCUGAACGUGAGGGUCGGGUCCGUCGGCGGCGGCAGCCUGGGCUUCCCCGAGUUCCCCAAGUGGCUGGGCAACUACAGCAGGGAGAACAAGCGUCGGAGGCUGCUGGGGGAGCUGUCGACACACCUCAACGCCAGCGUGAGCGGCGGCACAGAGGCGGUUAGGCUGUCGUACAUUCACUUCCUGAAGAGGCUGCUAACCCAGCCGUUGCGAGAGGAGGGCGCGGCGGGGGCCCCGGCGUGUGUGGACCUCCUGGAGGAGUACGGUCUGUCGAGGGACGAUCUUUUCGAGGUGUUGCCGGAGUUCGUGCUGAGCGGGAAGGGCAUGAAGCGUCCCCCCCCCGACUUGUUCGGCUCGCUGGACUCCAAGACGAGGUCGGCGGUCACGAGGUGCUACAAUUCCCAGGCGCAUAAGUCCCAGGCUCUGGCGGUGGCCCUGCAGGCGCCCAAGAAGGCCAAGAAGAGAAAAGCUCCCCCCAAGUCUGUUUCCAUGGAGGGGAAGUCCCGCUCCUCUCCCGCGGCCUCAAAAAAGGGCAAGGCCACGGCUACCCCCCGAUCCAAAAAGACGAAGAAGUAAGGGAGGUGGAGUGAAUACGACAGGCGGAGAUAUGACUGUCGGAGAUACGACAAACGGAGACAAGACAGACGUGGAGAUAAAACGGGCGGACUCAACUAACCCCGGUGUGGCCGGGCUGCGCAUGCGUCCACAUGCUCUCUGUCGCUGGUAUAGUACGCGUGGCUGCAGCGAUGAAAGCGAGAGCUAGCAGGGGUGCGAGCAACUUUGGUGUGCGUUGGCGACGGCAGUUGCCUCGGGGGGGACAUGUGAAAAGCAUCGCUUUUGUCGAGAGUCGGUGUUACAUUUUUGCCUCCGAACCAAUGAGCAGCGCGGGCAGGGAUGGGGGUACUGGCUGAAUUUGUGCUGUGAUUCGGCGUGCUGCGGGAGGAACGGUGUUGUCCGGGUGUAGGGCAUUGAAUUCGGUACCGCGGGUCCCCUAUUCCGGAAGGUGCCAUCGAGUUGGAAAAUGGAAAGAGAACCAGAGAACAUCAAGGUACUGAGCAUCGGAGACCCGCCUGGUUAUUGAUUCGAAGUCACCAGCAACAGCAGUAACAACAAUAACAACGACAAAAACCUCUUGUGAGUGGUCGAAGAGACGAAGAGGCGGUUGGCGGUUUGCCCAAUUUUGGUAGCGUGCGGUUGGCCCGCUCGGAUCGAAGAGGGCACGGGGUACCAAACAGGACGAGCGAGGCGUGUGAGAGUGAAACCGCACAACUUUUGCCAUGUUUGAGUGUUUGUGCGUUGGGAAUGAAACGAGGGGCAGGCAGCGCUUGUGUGUUGCGGCACAGCAGCGGUAGCGUCAUGAUG